UUUGACGAGCGCUCCAACGACUACUUCUCCAUCGACGCCGAGACGGGCAGCGUGGUUACUGCCCGCAGCCUCGACCGGGAGACCAAGGACACCCACGUGCUGAAAGUGACCGCCUCCGACCACGGCUCCCCGCGCCGCCGCUCCGCCACCACCUAUCUGACAGUGACCGUCAGUGACACCAACGACCACGAGCCCGUGUUCGAGCAGCCGGAGUACCGGGAGAGCAUUCGGGAGAACCUCGAGGUGGGUUACGAGGUGCUGACCAUCCGCGCCACCGACGGGGACGCCCCGGCCAACGCCAACAUGCUUUACCGCCUGCUGGAGCCGGGGGCCGGCGAUGGCGUCUUCGAGAUCGACCCGCGCUCCGGCGUCGUGAGGACCCGAGCCCCGGUUGACCGCGAGGAGGUCUCUGAGUAUCACCUGGUUGUGGAAGCCAACGACCAGGGCAAGGAUCCGGGACCACGCAGCGCCACGGCUAUGGUGCACAUCACCGUCGAGGAUGAGAACGACAACUACCCUCAGUUCAGUGAGAAGCGCUACCUGGUCCAGGUGCCGGAGGACGCCCCGGUGAACAGCCAGAUACUGCAGGUGCAGGCCACAGAUCAGGACCGGGGCAGCAAUGCCCAGGUGCACUACAGCAUCGUGAGCGGCAACCUGAAAGGCCAGUUCUACAUCCACUCUUUCUCUGGUGCUAUCGACCUGAUCAACCCUCUGGAUUAUGAGACUAUCCGGGAGUACACGCUCCGGAUCAAAGCCCAGGAUGGGGGCAGGCCUCCCUUGAUCAACUCCAGUGGCAUGGUGUCAGUGCAGGUUGUGGACGUGAAUGACAAUGCCCCCAUCUUUGUGAGCACUCCCUUCCAGGCCACAGUGCUGGAGAACGUCCCUCUGGGCUACUCGGUGCUGCACAUCCAGGCUGUGGAUGCUGACUCUGGGGAGAAUGCCCGCCUGGAGUACAAACUUAUAGAGAUGGCACCGUCAGCUGGAGGUGCCUCUGUAGCUGGUGACUCUGGGUUCCCUUUUCAGAUCAACAACAGCACAGGGUGGAUCACGGUGGCUGCAGAGCUGGACCGAGAGACUGUGGAGAACUAUCACUUUGGAGUGGAGGCCAGAGACCAUGGUGUGCCGGUCAUGACCUCCUCAGCCAGCGUGUCCAUCACUGUCCUGGAUGUGAAUGACAACAACCCCACCUUCACAGAGAAGGUGUAUCACCUCAGACUGAACGAGGACGCAGCUGUGGGCAGCAGUGUCCUGACCCUGACAGCAGUGGACCGAGACGUUAACAGUGUUGUGACUUACCAGAUCACCAGUGGCAACACCAGGAACCGUUUUGCCAUCACCAGCCAGAGCGGAGGGGGACUGAUCACGCUGGCCUUGCCCCUGGAUUACAAGCAGGAAAGGCAGUAUGUACUCACGGUCACUGCCUCUGACGGCACUCGCUUCGACACUGUCCAGGUCUUCAUCAACGUUACAGAUGCCAACACGCACCGCCCAGUCUUCCAGAGCUCCCACUACACAGUGAGCGUCAGUGAGGACAAGCCCAUCGGCACCUCUAUUGUCACCAUCAGUGCCACGGAUGAGGACACGGGGGAGAAUGCGAGAAUCACUUACAUUUUGGACGACAACAUCCCCCAGUUCCGCAUCGACCCUGACACAGGCACCAUCACCACCCUGAUGGAGCUGGAUUACGAGGACCAGGCCUCGUACACGUUGGCCAUUACAGCUCAUGACAAUGGCAUCCCCCAGAAGUCGGACACCACCUACGUCGAGAUCCUCAUCCUGGAUGCCAAUGACAACGCGCCCCACUUCCUGCGCGACCGCUACCAGGGCUCGGUGUUUGAGGAUGUGCCGCUCUCCACCAGCGUCCUGCAGCUGUCUGCCACCGACCGUGACUCGGGCCUCAAUGGCCGUCUGCUCUACACAUUCCAAGGUGGUGACGACGGAGAUGGAGACUUCUACAUCGAACCCACUUCUGGAGUGAUACGCACGCUGCGUAAGCUGGACCGCGAGAACGUGGCUGUCUACAGCCUGCGGGCCUUUGCUGUGGACAGGGGCAGCCCCCCGCUGAAAGCCUCCGUGGAUAUCCAGGUGACUGUGCUGGACAUCAAUGACAACCCCCCUGUCUUUGAGAAGGAUGAAUUUGACAUCUUUGUGGAGGAGAACAGCCCCGUGGGCUCUAUUGUGGCACGAAUCAGCGCAGCUGACCCCGAUGAGGGGACCAAUGCACAGAUCAUGUACCAGAUAGUAGAGGGGAACAUCCCGGAGGUCUUCCAACUAGACUUACUCAACGGAGACCUCACAGCUCUAAUGGACCUGGAUUACGAGAGCCGGACAGAGUACGUGAUUGUAGUGCAGGCCACCUCAGCCCCUCUUGUGAGCCGGGCAACAGUGCACAUCCGCCUCCUGGACCAGAACGAUAACCCGCCUGUGCUGCAGGAUUUCCAGAUCCUCUUCAAUAACUACGUGACCAACAAGUCCAACAGCUUCCCCUCUGGUGUGAUUGGCAAGAUCCCAGCUCACGAUCCCGAUGUAUCUGACAGCCUGGCCUACACCUUUGUGCAAGGCAAUGAGUUAAACUUGCUCCUUUUGGACCCUGCCACCGGGGAACUCAAACUCAGUCGUGAUCUGGACAACAACAGACCCCUGGAAGCCCUGAUGAAAGUGUCGGUCUCAG